AUUCGUGGGCGUGCGCCGGACUCGUUUCCGCUUGCGGGUGCAGCUGCCGCGCUUGAUCCCUGGCGAUACAAGACUCCAGGUCGCCGUGUGUCGACGCGCGAAACGUCAUGGGCAAAGAUCAGCCUCAUACAUGGAUAUCCCGGUGGGUCGUGCCGUGGGAGAGAUAUUACAGAGAUUUUGCAGAUUUUUAAUUCUGUUGCGCUCACCACGCAAGGGGCGGGUAUAUGAAUCAAACCUGUGUCCUCGAGACUGGGAACGUCCUGUUUCUCUAUAACAUGCUCCAGCGCGCCUCUCUUCCCGACUGAGCCCUCAACGUCACCUUCAAAAGUAGUUUUCUUCAUCAACCGCAGCUGGCUGGACUUGCUUGUCACUCCUUUGGCAUCACACAUCUGCCUCAACCGCCACCAUGGCACCGCCUACCUUUGCCGGCUUCUCUGGGAAGCCGCUGUCCCUGGCCAUCUCGACCGUGGCCACCACGGGCUUCCUGCUCUUUGGCUACGACCAGGGCGUCAUGAGUGGAAUCAUCUCUGCGUCCGCGUUCAACGAGUACUUCCCCGAGACGUAUGGCGAGACCAUGCAGGGCCUGGUCACGGCCAUUUACGAAAUCGGGUGCCUGAUGGGUGCCAUGUUUAUCCUCGCCUUUGGAGAUCUCAUGGGUCGACGACGGGCCAUGAUCCUCGGCGGAGUCAUUAUGAUCCUGGGUGUCAUCAUCCAGAUCUCCUGUGUCAAGGGCCACGCCCAACUCGCUCAACUGAUCAUCGGUCGCGUGAUUACUGGCGUUGGGAACGGUAUCAACACCUCAACCAUUCCCACAUACCAAGCCGAGUGCAGCAAGACGUCCAACCGUGGCCUUCUCAUCUGCAUCGAGGGCGGCAUCAUCGCAUUCGGUACCCUCAUCGCCUACUGGAUAGACUACGGCGCAUCCUACGGGAGCGACGACCUCGUGUGGCGCUUCCCCAUUGCCUUCCAGGUCCUCUUCGGGCUGAUCCUGUGCAUUUCCAUGAUUUGGCUCCCCGAGAGCCCCCGAUGGCUUCUCACCCACGAGCGAUACGAGGAUGCCGAGAAGGUCAUUGCUGCUAUCCGUGGCUACGAAAUCGACAGCCCAGACACCAAGAUGGAGAGAGAUGUCAUCCUCGACUCCAUCCGCGCAUCGGGCUUCUCCGGCCAGAAGAGCACACCCGUCAAGGCGCUUUUCACCGGCGGAAAGACUCAGCACUUCCGCCGAAUGCUUCUCGGCUCCGGCGCCCAGUUCAUGCAGCAGGUCGGCGGAUGCAAUGCAGUCAUCUACUACUUCCCCAUUCUGUUCAAGGACUCCAUCACCCCGGGCCAGGACAACCUGGCUCUCCUGCUGGGCGGCGUCAACAUGAUUGUGUACAGCAUUUUCGCGACCGCGUCCUGGUUCCUUAUUGAGCGAGUUGGUCGCCGAAGGCUUUUGCUCUGGGGUACUGCCGGCCAGAUGCUUUCCAUGAUUCUUGUCUUUGCCUGUUUGAUCCCUGGCACCCAGGCCGCUGCAAAGGGAGCUGCCGUUGGCCUUUUCACCUACAUUGCCUCUUUCGGUGCCACCUGGCUGCCUCUUCCCUGGUUGUAUCCCGCCGAGAUCAACCCCAUCAAGACCCGAGGAAAGGCCAACGCCGUCUCGACUUGCACCAACUGGCUCUUCAACUUCCUUAUUGUGAUGGUCGUACCGGUUAUGAUCAAGCGCAUCAGUUGGGGAACGUAUUUGUUCUUCGCAUGCACCAAUGCUUGCUUCUUCCCCGUUCUCUACUUUUUCUACCCCGAGACCGCAAACCGUUCUCUGGAAGAAAUCGACAUCAUCUUCGCCAAGGGCUUCGUCGAGAACAUGUCCUACGUCAAGGCCGCAAAGGAGAUGCCAUUCCUUACCCAGGAGCAGGUGGAGCAAGAGGCCCUGCGAUUUGGUCUGCUCGAGUCUACCAGUCGGGGCGCCAUGACUGAGAAGUCACCUGUGGAUGACAGCGGCGAAGCGCCAGCAACUGACUCCAGUUCUGAAAAGGGACGAUCUGAGAGAUCCGAGUAAUCGGGAUGUUUUUUGUAUAGCCUGACAAUAGUCAGAUGAGACAUGAUAUUUUGGCGGUGGAUGAAGGACUGGACUGGAUCCAUGCCCCUGUCCGCUUAUCGCGCAGGCGGUCUGGAAAAGGAUUACGGCGCCUGCGUGCGAAGGAGAGAAGCCACAGCACUGGCAAAAUACCCAUGAAUUGAUUCGCGUUGAAAAGACGCGUGCAUUGCUUAUG